AUGGAGUCCGAGUCCGACCACGAGCACCGCGAUGACGAGAGCCUGUCUGAGCAGGACGAGAUUGAAGAGACGAAGCCAAAGCCGGCGCUGAAGAAGGGCCGCGAUGUCCUCCCUCCUGUCGAGCGCCCAGAGCUGCCCGAACAACCAGAUCCGAGCACAAUCGACUUCUCCACGCUGAACCCAUUGUCUCCCGAAAUCAUCUCCCGCCAAGCCACCAUCAACAUUGGUACCAUUGGCCACGUCGCCCACGGGAAGAGUACCGUGGUCAAGGCCAUUUCGGGUGUGCAGACGGUCCGUUUCAAGAACGAGCUGGAGAGAAACAUCACCAUCAAGUUGGGUUAUGCGAACGCGAAGAUCUACCAAUGUGACAAUCCAGAGUGCCCGCGCCCUACUUGUUACCGGUCCUAUAAGAGUGAGAAGGAAGUUGAUCCACCUUGCGAGCGCGACGGAUGUGGUGGCAAAUACAGGCUGAAGCGUCAUGUUUCCUUCGUCGACUGCCCUGGUCACGAUAUUCUCAUGAGCACAAUGUUGUCAGGUGCUGCCGUCAUGGAUGCUGCCCUGCUCCUCAUCGCCGGAAACGAAUCCUGCCCGCAGCCGCAGACCAGCGAGCAUCUUGCGGCCAUUGAAAUCAUGAAGCUCAAUCACAUCAUCAUCCUCCAGAACAAGGUUGAUUUGAUGCGGGAAGACAGCGCGGCAGCGCACUACGAGUCGAUUCUCAAGUUCAUUCGAGGAACAGUGGCUGACGGCUCUCCCAUCAUUCCCAUUUCUGCCCAACUCAAGUUCAACAUUGAUGCUAUCAAUGAGCACCUGAUCAGCCAAAUCCCUGUUCCAGUGCGAGACUUCUCCGCAAAGCCGCACAUGAUUGUCAUUCGUUCCUUCGACGUCAACAAGCCCGGUGCGGAAAUUGACGAGUUGAAGGGCGGUGUUGCUGGAGGCAGUAUUCUGACUGGUGUGCUCAAGUUGGGUGACGAAAUCGAGAUCAGGCCAGGUAUCGUGUCGAAAGACAGCGCUGGAAAGAUCCAGUGCAAGCCCAUCUUUUCAAGAGUAGUGUCUCUGUUCGCUGAGCACAACGACCUGAAAUUUGCAGUUCCUGGAGGGCUCAUUGGUGUUGGUACGCGUGUGGACCCUACACUAUGCCGUGCGGAUCGUCUUGUCGGCUUCGUUCUUGGUCUAAAGGGACAUUUGCCCAAUAUUUACACUGAACUUGAGGUCAACUACUUCCUCCUCCGAAGACUACUGGGAGUAAAGACUGCCGAUGGCAAGCAGGCCAAGGUCGCCAAGCUUGCUAAGAACGAAGUUCUGAUGGUCAACAUUGGGUCGACGGCCACAGGCGCAAAGGUCAUCGCUGUCAAGGCCGAUGCUGCUCGACUAUCGCUCACCUCGCCCGCAUGUACCGAGAUCGGCGAAAAGGUAGCUUUGUCUCGUCGUAUCGAGAAGCACUGGCGCCUUAUCGGUUGGGCCAAUAUUGUAGCAGGUAACAUUCUCGAGCCAAUUGUUGAUUGA